UUCCUCUUCUUCAGCACUUUAGUCACCAUGCACGACAGUUCUCCGUCUCUGCAGGAAGCACUGCUUCAGCAUAGGAUACCCUUGUCAGUGGAACUAGCGUCGACAUAUGGGGUCAAGCACUCAUGCCAUGGGAUACCUUAUCUCGUCUUGCCAGAACCACACGACUCCUUCUGCUUGACCAAUUUCUUGCUACCACCAUGCGACGCCGGUCUCUCGAGCUCAGCUACCUCUGGUCAUUUUAGAGAGAACGAUGCAGAGGCCUAUGCGAGGAUUCUGAAUACACCAGAAGCGGCGGAAGGCCUUGCAACGCCUAAAUAUCGUGUGAUAACGGUCGAUGAGAGGAGAGAAUGGCUCAAGCAGAUUCUUGCUCGGGCCCCGAGCGGUUGGUGCAUGUCUGGUAAGUGGGUCCUGGCAUCCCUUGCGCUCAUUGUAGUGAUCAGAAGGACGGAGGAUGUGGAGUCAAGUCCUGAUCCCAUGAUGAUCGGCACGAUCGGUGUCAAACGACUCGUCUUCCAGCUCCUGAGUCCCGAAGAGAACGCCAUGUGGACGGAGAGAGAACGUGAUCUGCCUGAUGAUCAAGUCCAUUGGUCCAUCGGCGCCACGUUGGAUCCGGCAUUUGGUGGUCAGGGUCUCGCUCGGGUGGGCCUUUGCCGAUCCUUGCACGUCAUCCUUUCUAACUAAUAACGGUGAUUCACAGGCCGCUCUACGACACAUCUUGUCGAUGUAUUUCGUGCCAGAAAUAUACCGCUUCCCAGGUCAGCUAGUGUCCGCGUACUACAGGACCAACCGGAGAUCUGCAAGGAUGCAUGAGCAGCUGGGCUUCAAGUCGGUGGCGGUUUGUCCGUCGCUCAACACCGAUUCAUCGAAAAUGCUGCCUCAUUGGAAGGACAAGGUGGACCAGUUGGAGAUUAUGUGCUGUGACUGGCAGGGGUUACACGGCGAGUUGCCAGUCGAUAGAGGAGCAAGUCUGUUCAAGAACCUUCCC